AUUUGUUUUUAGCAUGUCUGUCGUACUGUGGCAUCGCUAAAGGUUAGAAGAAAUACGUUUGGACUUAUUAUUUCCUAGAAAAUUAGUAGUGCUGAUACAAACCUACAGUGGUGUAUACGUUUUGAAUUUGCCGCCAUGCUGAUCCAUCGUGACCGGGAGAAAAAGGAGAGCACUGCAGAGGAGAUGGAGGUAGAGGAUCAGGAGCAAGAUGGAUCGAGUUCAGAGGAAGAGGAUUCUGAAACUUCCUCCGUUUCUGAAGAUGGAGACAGCUCUGAAAUGGACGAGGAGGAUUGCGAGCGAAGAAGAACGGAGUGUUUAGACGAAAUGUCAAAUCUAGAGAAACAAUUCACAGAUCUCAAAGACCAGCUGUAUCGGGAACGAUUGACUCAGGUCAACAGCAAGUUAGCAGAGGUGGAAGCUGGUCGUGCGGCAGAAUAUCUGGAUCCCCUGGCUGUGCUACUGGAGAACAUGCAGGUCCGCACCAAGGUGGCAGGCAUCUACAAGGAAUUGUGCCUGGAGUCUGUGAAGAAUAAGUACAAGUGUGAGAUGCAGGCAGCCUGCCAGCACUGGGAGAGCGAAAAGCUUCUGCUGUUUGACACAGUUCAAAGUGAAUUGGAGGAGAAAAUAAGGAGAUUGGAGGAAGACAGACACAGCAUUGAUAUAACAUCAGAGCUGUGGAAUGACGAGCUAUCGGGAAGGAAAAAGAGAAGAGAUGCUUUAAGUCCGGAUAAGAAGAGGAGACGACCUUCAGUAGUGUCUGGCCCCUAUAUUGUCUACAUGCUUCCUGACUUGGACAUCCUGGAGGACUGGACAGCUAUCAGAAAGGUAGGCAGAAAUGCUGUUGCCACCCUUGGUCCCCACAGAGGCAAAGUGGAAGCCGACAGCUCCGCUUUCCCGUUCAGGCCAGACAGAAGCCGACCAUUUCUCAAUUGCUGAGACUUGGCAACAUACGUGUACAUAGAAACAAAUCAUAAUAGGAAAGCAACCUGGUCAACAUUUGACAGAAUGCCAGCUGUAAAGAGUCCUCUCACAGCUAUGGGAAACACUCAAUACACGCUUUAAAACACAAAGAUUAAUAUCAAUACCAUUCUGACAUGAGUACUGGUUACGAUGAAAUUUGAGAUUGUAUUUUUUUAGCCAAUGAUUGAACAGAACAAAUUUUUAGAGGCUUACACUGAUUAAUGUCUUAAAGGACAUGGAUCUUGUCAUAUUUUGAUAUAUUUAAAUUGUUGCUCAGACAGUUUUGAUGGCAUUGUUGUACAGGAAUGUCACUCAAUUGGCAUCAAUUAUGUUUACUUAAACAGAUUUUCAGUUUCCACAUCCUUUAAAAGGCAGUCAUUCAGUGUUUUAGUAAGGAUGCAAAAAGGCCACAUAUGUUAACAGUAUGCUCAUGUGACUCAUUUUUAGCGGACCGGAACUCAAGUGAUGUGAUUACUUUUUUUGUCAGCCUGUUGAUCACACACUAUUACACACAGACAUUUUAUGAAAUUGAAUGUUAUGAUUUUGUCUGAAACAGCCACUUUGUGAAUUUGUUUUAUCAUAGGGCUUAUGAUAUUAUGCAGGGAAAGUAGUGUUUUUAUGUGAGGCUGUUCUAUUUUGCCAUACCAAUGUUUUUAUUUCAUAUUGGUAUUAUUAAUUUAAUUGGACUUAAGAUAUAUUUUUAUUCUUUUGUACAGCUUGGAGAUCAUUGCAAUUUGCAAAUACUGCCUGUUUUACAAUGUCAAGUUUUUAAAGUUCUUAUGAAGUGUCAUUUUUCUUCAUGAUUUUUGCAUCGUCGUGUGAUUUUUGCUUAAGUUGUAUUGAAUGGCACUUCUUUGUUUUUAGCUUUAAGAUAGUAACCACAAAUAUUUCAGGAUACUUAUGAACUUGUUUACACCCUUCAGUAGGAAUAACAAUAGGUGGGGAUAUAACAGAUUAAUUUGUAAUGCAAGAUGAACAAACUGCCAUUUAAUUGUAUUGAUGUUGGUGGCCUAGAGGUUUUUUAUACAUUAAAUUUCUGUGAAAAGAAAAUACUGCUAAAGAUAGAAUGUUUUCUUAAUAAAAUGUUUGUUUUUUUAAAAAAAUAAUUUUACUUGGUGUCUGCUUAUGAAUAAAUGACUGGGUAAGCUUGUACACUUGCAGGUGGGGGUCUUAAACUGUGGAUUUACAAAUGUGGUAUGGGAAAGAAAACCAAUAUACUGUAAAUCCGAAAUACAACAAUUGAAGUAAUGUGCUUCAGAAUUAUAGGGGUAUCCAGUAGAGGUGCACGAUAAUUAUCGGUCCGAUAAUAGGAAUUAGGAAUAGGAAAUAGGAAUCAUCUCAAUAAAUCUGAUAACAUAUUAUCGGCCCUAUUAAUAAUAUUUUUGGCAUGGUGUCGGAUUGGGAUGUGUGCGUUUGUUUCCACUCCUGUUUUUCCAGUAUGCAAAGCUUUGUUACUGUCUUUGUUUUGUUCAUCAUAAUAAUGUUCAUGUCAUCAUGAAAAUUCUGGUUCGGUCAAAGGCAAAUCUAUGCUGAAUCAACCACUAGUAUUUUUUACCUACAGGUGUUCAAAAACUCAGGUGAAUAUACAUUGAAAAAUUAUAUAUAUUAUCGGAUAUCGUAUCGGUAUCGGCCUUGAAGAGCAGGAAGUUCUCGAUAUCGGUUUGGUUUCAAAAAAUGGAUAUCGUGCACCCCUAGUAUCCAGAUUCAUAGAAUAGCAGUUAAAUAUACUAAAAUUAAAAUAUGCUAAAAAAGCAGCUAGCUAUUCUGGUGAACAAGGAUUCCAAGGUUGUAAAACAUACCAUGGCCAAAACAUUUACAGUAUUCAUGUUUAUUUUUUCAUGUUUAUGUUACAAAAUUCACAACAAACCGGUGACCUCUUUUUUUUAGGCCAGCUGCUGAUGAAGUUAGAUCUAAGAAAUAUUCACAAAAGAAGCCAUCAUUGAGAUACUGUGUAAAGUAAGAUGGUGUUGCUCAAAUUUGAACUCAGGAACAUGCAUUUUGAAGUCAAUAGACUCAAGAAAGUCUGACAUAACAUUACCAAGAAACAGAGUGGGAAUAAAAUCAAUGACAACAACAGAAUAUAAGUGUAGUAACUGAUUCUAUGUGGGCCCCAAAAAAUAAUUUAAUAGGUUUUGACCGACAUUCAAAUAAAUGAGACAAAUUCAUUUGGGACAUUUAGCAUUUUUUUCCCCAAAUAAAACACCCACACAGGGUGGCUUAUUUUCAGUAAAUAAUUGUGAAAGAGAGCAGCAAACUGAACUAUGUGGUUAUCACAUUCAAUUCCUGUAACUUUAAGAUUUAUUUUGAUAACUUAGGUCAAAUGUGCCUUGUGAAUUGGCCCAGCUAACGGUGAACCCUGCUUCUUGUCAAAACUCAGCUGGGACAGUUGGGAGCUUGCCCAUAACUCUGAACAGGAUGAAUGGUAUAAAAUGGAUGGACAUUGUAGAGCAUGGGUGUCCAAACCUGUCCGGAAGGGCCGCUGUGGGUCCUGUGUUUUUGUUCCUACCAAUCGAGCACAGGCAGUUUAACCAAUGAAUUUUGUGCUAAAACAAGCAGCACCUGACUGCAAUCAACUGAUUAAACUUGUGAGACACCAGAUUGGUGAAAAGAUGUCAUCUUGUUUUGUAGGAAUGAAAUCCAGCACCCACUGCGGCCCUAUGUGGAAUAGUUAGGACACCACUGUUGUAGAGAUACUCGUUUCCAUAUGUUUGUUCAUUGUAUUUGGUACAUUCAUUUAAAUAUAAUUUUGUACCAGAUAAGAUUUACAGCUCUCAGCAUCUUCUCUGAAGCAAGAUCACGAACCGAUAAGACAGCUGCCUAAUGCGUUUUUAUGAAGAGGUGGGCACUAGUCUGUCACCUGCUAUAACGACAAAUAUAAACUGUAUGAUCUUGAGGGUUCGAGACAGAUCGUCUUGGGAGAACCUGCGUGGGUCUCUCAGGGACAUUUCUUCUGGCCGGCCAGCUUUUACUUUCCUUAACUAAUUUGUUUAUCAUAGG